AUCUUGAGGCCUUGGUUACUGAACUUCAAUAUAAAUGAAAAACAAUAUUCAUUUCUUUGGAAUCAGUGCCGUUUGUGCAUAGAGCAAAAUUCUAUUCCUGAUCGAAUUUGAAAAUCAAGAACCCCGGGAAAACAAACGUGACGGACAGAAAACUAUAUUGACAAAACACAAAAGUUUUUCAUUCUCAAUGGAAACGGUAAAUGAAAUUUUCACUACCAAGCAAUAUGGAAAUAAACAGCAGAUACGUUUCCCCGUUGACGAUUUACCAAAAUAUGAAAUUGAAACGGAUGCAAACCUUUUCUCCGCAACUUCUCCAGGACCAAGUCAAGCUGGAAAUUACGAGAAUGAGUCGAAUGACUUAAUUCUGUUCGGAAAUCAGAAUAAUGAUGCUUUCAGGAAAAGAAUGUUCUCGCCCACUAUGAAUGGAAAUGGGGGUUAUGGUGGGGAAAUUUUGGAGAUUUCUUCCACUAAAUGCCAGUAUAUUUCACCACCUAGAAAGAAGAGGAGGAGGAGAAAUAAUAUCGAGGAAUUUGUAGCCAAUUAUUCAGCAGCACAUAAUAUAAGGACUGAAACGCUUGAAAUUCCUGUAGAGGUUCUGGGGGAAAUUUACGAUAAAGCCACGUCAUCGGAAAGCUUACAGCAAGGCGUAGACGCACGAGUUGACGAGGUUAUGAAGGCGGCUAAAUCUCUGUUCUCCAAACGGACGAGGACUCUGUACCACUGGAUGCACCCCAAUGCGCCCAAGCAGCAGAUCAAAGCUGCUGUGUCCGCAUCUUGGGACUCUCUCGGGGUCCAAGAAAAACAGUUCUAUAUUUCGCAAGUUCUCGGACGAUUCGGAUUCCCCCAAUGCAAUCUCAUGAUAAAUCCGCAGCUGGGGGGCAUCAGGGAAUUACCCCCGGUGCCGGACAUAGCCGAAUUCAACGACAUCUCCGCCAAUGAGCUUCGCAACGCAAUUUCCAGCAUCACCAUCGAUGGAAACAACGUUUUCAUCGCGGAAAACGCGAACGAGUACGGUGCCGUGGACACCGUGGGCCCUAUGGGCAGGAGAAAACGCCUGGGUAGACCGCCGGGCAGCAAAAACAAGAAGAGAUUGGCGGGCGAUCUGAGAGGGGUCAUCAGUCACGACUUUCAAGAUGAUCCGGAGCUGAACCAAGAGCUGCAGCAGUUUGCAAUGAAUCUGAAUAUACCAUGAAGUUCGCAGUUACGAGGCUUUAAUCACGACUUGUGUUCCAGUUUUAAGGUUUAAUUUUCUAAUUGUAGUGUUUUUUAAGAAAAUAUACCUGAAGCAGUUUUUU